AUGGAGGAGCGGUCACCACCUGCAGCGGGCGGCAAAGCCAGAAAUCUCCUUUCAUCAGCAACAUCGCUUCGCCUCUCUCUCACACCUGCUUGUUCAGCGGAUCAUACCUAUGUUGUACAAAUCCCUCGUGACCAAGUUUAUCGUGUCCCUCCUCCUGAAAAUGCCAAAAUUGUGGAGAAUCAUCGCCAGCCAGAUACUCAAAAGAAAAGAAAAUGCACAUGUUGUUGUUGGGUGUUUUCCGCUAUACUCCUUAUAGGUAUCUUGAUUGGAAUUAUCGUAUUGAUCAUUCACACAAUGUACGCACCUAAAUCUCCUGAAUUUUCAAUAACUAACGUCCAUUUUAAGAAUGUUACACAACCUUCAAAUGGACAAAAGAAUAAGAGUCAUCCACAAGCAGUUGUCCCUCAAUUUGAGAUCGAUUUGAAAAUCGUUAACGUAAAUGAGAGAAUGAAUGUUUCAUUUGGUAAAGGAGAUAAUGGGAUUGCAACUCUUAGUUUCAAAAACCAUGAAAUUGGACGCGGGAAAUAUCCCUCGAUUUCCCAAAAACCUAAAGAUUCAACCAAUUCUCAAUUUAACCUUGAUGCUGGGAAAUUGACUGGUGAUUUUCAGAAAAGUCUUAAUGAUGACAAGAAGUCAAUACCAAUGACUUUAACCAUUAAUGCACCAAUGGAGAUCACGAGCUGGGCAAAAACAUUAAAAAAAGACGUGACUGUUACGUGUGAUUUCGACCUUGAAUCAGUGAAAGGUAAAUCCAAGAUCAAAUCAGAAGAUUGUCAGUCUGAUUUCUAA